AUGGUAGUUAGGUCACUUGAUGUAGAAAAAGAUCCUUUUCGACCUAGAGAAGAACAUGAAGAGCUCCUUGGUCCAGAAGUACCAUAUCUUAGUGCAAUAGGAGCAUUGAUGUAUCUUGCUAAUUGUACAAGACCUGAUAUAGCUUUCUCUGUCAAUUUAUUAGCAAGAUUUAGUUCUGCUCCAACAUAUAGACAUUGGAAAGGGAUUAAGCACAUACUCCGCUAUCUCCAGGGUACUAUUGAUAAAGGAUUAUUCUAUUCUAAUAAUUGUGGGUCACAACUUAUUGGCUACGCAGAUGCAGGAUAUUUAUCUGAUCCACAUAAAGCCAGAUCUCAAACUGGCUAUUUGUUCACUUGCGGUGACACUGCUAUAUCCUGGCGAUCAACAAAGCAAACUCUGGUGGCUACUUCCUCAAAUCAUGCUGAGAUACUUGCAAUUCACGAGGUGUGCGGUCGGCAACCGAUUGGAACUAUCUCAAGGCGGAUUACAGGCUCCUAA